AUGCUGGAUCUGUACUAUCUCCCCGGAUCAUCACCGUGCCGUGCGGUACAGAUGGUGGCCGCCGCCCUGAACGUUCCGCUAAACCUCAAGUUCCUCAACCUUAUGGCAGGUGAACACCGGAAACCGGAGUACGUCCAAUUAAACCCACAGCGUUCCAUCCCGACGCUCGUCGACUGUGACCGGACGCGGCUGUUCUUCGAUGCAUGCGUCCUCUAUCCACGUUUUACCGAUCUCUACCAUCCGGUGGUGUUUGGUGGUGCAACACCAGAACCGAAGAAGGUGGCCGCAUUCGAAGGUGCCCUCGCGGUUCUGGAUACAUUCCUCGGUCAGAGUGCAUUCGUAGCUGGAGCUCGUAUGACGAUCGCCGACAUAAGCCUGUUUGCAACGCUGGCCACAGCCUGUGCCCUCCGGUUCCAGCUCAACCCGUUCGCGAAUGUCCACCGUUGGUACGGUGCGAUGCUGGAACACUGUCCCGGUGCCGCAUUGAACGUUGCCGGAGCGAAGGACUUUUGCUCGUACAAAUAA